CGGGAGCGGGCGGUAAGAGCAGCAAGCGACCGCCCAGCCCCAGCGUAGGGCAGAGGCUGCCCGGUGCGGCCCCCCGGGAGGCGGCGGCAGGACGUGUGGAGACGGCUGCAGCGGCUCGGAAGGGGAAGAAGGCCGUGGGCGAGCAGGGUGGAGGGUCUGGCCCCGGGCUUCGCCACCAGCCCAUCGGACACCGCACAGAGCGGAAAGUGGAGCCCACGGUACAGGACGUGGCCACGUCCCUUGAUUUGCUCCCCGAGGAGGUUAAAGAUAUACCCGAAAAGCUGAGUAAUGGAGUGAAAAUAGUAAUAGAGAAGCACCGCGCUAGGGUGGUCAGGGAGAAGAGCGGUUCCAAGAGCCGAGGCACACACAGGUCGCCUGUGGAAGGGUCGGAUCCAGGCAGUGCUGCCGACCACGCUGACCCAGCCCAGCCUGACCCCCAGGAGGGAAUAACCGUUCCAGAAACCGCAAACACAGAGACGCACGGCCUUGGAGCUGCGGAGAAUGCAUCUGCAGGCUUGAAGGGAGAAAAAGACAGUAGUUUAAAGGCAACAAAAAUACCCGUACUUCAAGAUCUCCCUGAAGCUGACAGCAGAAGUAGCCCCAGUGACCUCGUUCAGCAGGAGGGAAUAGACAAAACCGUGACAGAAGAGAAGCAGAUGUACCUAGAAGUUGGUGUGGAAUAUAAAGCCCCUCUUCCUGCUUUGCAUACCAAGAACGUCCAUCUGUCAGCGAUAGAGGGUUUCAGAGGUGACAAUGAAGGGACAUCCAAAAAUUACCUAACCAGCAUACAAAAGCUUCACGAGAGCAAGAAGCAGAUGGCUGUGGUUUCCGAACCCAUCCUGAACGCGAGGAGGGACAGCGAGCUGGCGCUGCACCAGUUCUUGCUCCGCACCUCCAAAAGCCAACCCAUCUGUCUAUCCCAGGCCUCUGGCAGGAGCACGCAGGCCAGUGCCACGGGCUUGGAGUGGUUUCCAGACUUAUAUCCUAAUUAUGAUGGGCUGAGUAUAUUUCCAGGGAAGCCUUUCCAAGAAGACGUGGGGAUCACAACGAAGACACCAAAGGGCAAUUUCUCAGAGGGACGGCAAGGUCCCCUCUCAGAAAGGCGUCUGAUGGAUGUAAGGCUGGGGGAGCUGCCUGUGUGGCUGGCCACCCGUGACUUUUCUCCCCAGGGGCUGCUUGGAGGAGUGCAGAAAGCCUGGAGCAGCUAUUACGACAAAUACAUCAACGUGAAGAGGGGCGGACCAGCUGGGAUCUCCAUGCUGCUGGCUGGAUACUGCCUCCUCAGCUAUGGCUGGAACUAUCAGCACAUCAAGCAUCAUCGCUGGCGUAAAUACCACUGAAGAAGCUGGAACAGCACCAAAGGAACAGUCACGAAUAUUUGACUGGGAGUCAGCAGAAGUGCUAAGAACCAGUGUCCCUACAGGGAUUCAAAUCAGUAGAGGCCCAUUUACUGUCAGAGACAGGUUCUCUAAUUGUUGGGGCGGCUGAUUUUCAGUUUACCCUCCUGUAGACAGAGGGGUGACACUGACAGUAACAGCCUGCAGUCACUGCUCUGUGGUUCAGGCAGUAUUUAGUACUGAAAGAAGAAAGUGUUAGAGCCACCCCUUGGAGGUCUGUACGCAGUAGAGCUCCUGUAGUCUGCAGAAGCCCAGAUCUCUUGCUUUGGGACACCAGACACAGGACAACUCCUUGACCUGGGCUGUUAAUAUAGAUUAAUUGACAUGUAUGUUGUAGUCUGAGUGUUUGGCAGUGAGGUUUGUGAUGUGUUGUGGCAGGGGGGGCUUCAACCAGAGUAACUAUUCCCUUUAAGUUAGCAGAGUUGUGCCCGGCGCAGCCCAUCUUUUACUUACCCCUCUCCGCAGCAAGCGCGAUGGGUUUGGUACCGACUGGCAGGAGAAGGGUGGUCCCUGCCCCUGCUUCGCCGUCAGCGCGGCGCUGGUGGGACUGCCUGGGCUCUGAGGGAAGGACCUUUGUGAGGGCAUCAAAGCAGCGGCACUCAGACCGCAGCGCCCUAUUUCUAGAGAAAGAAAAUCCAUUGGAUUAGCUGUUGUGCCCAAAGGGCAAACCGAUGUCUGCAUCAGACAAUUGAGAACAGUUAGAGGAGUGCUAGUUGUAGCCUGCCAUCACCAAACACGUCUGGAAAAGGGUUGGUCAUGUUACAGGCAUGAAGGGUAAAAAAAAAAAAAAAGCCAAGGAAAAAAAAUCUGAACUCUUUAUUUGGAGCGGUGCAGUAAUACUGUGUCAGAGGUGUUUCACCAAAAACUCCCUCUUGCCAGCAAUAAAAGCGUUUGUGAAUUUUC